CAACCCGUUUGGUCAGCCUGCUGUCACACUUUCCCAAUCCGGCCGCCACCGUGGCAGCUACCAUUUUAAUUCGAAAUUUUGAAACUUUAAAGUACUCCAAUCAUUUCCCGUUCGCAGUUAUUCUUCCGGCGCCGGCAAUCCCGUCGCCGCCGCUGCUCUCCUUAAUCCUAGUUUGUUCAUUCAAACAGACACCAAACCUAUAAUGUCUAUGGGCAGCGACACCACAUGGGUGGGGAAGAAGCCACUGCGGAGAGUGGGAGGGAUGUCUGAUGCUCUCUCCAUCGCAGCCGAUCUCGGCUUCUCCGUCCCGCCGCCUCCUUCCCAGGAAGAUAUCCAGAAUUUAUCAGCCGGUUCCGGUGAAAAGGGGGAUGACUUGAUAAGGAUAUUGAGAGAAUUGACUGCGGUACAAAGAAAAAUCGCGGAUCUGCAAGUGGAACUUCAAGGCAGAAAGGAGGACAAGAAUGUUGCUCAUUUGACGCAUGUGAGUGAAAUGGAGAAGAAGAUCGAAACUUUAGCUCGGAUCACAACCAUAUUGAAAGAUGUCAUUCAAAAUAAGGAUCGGAUUAUAGCUCGCCUCCAGCAACCUUAUUCAUUGGAUUGCAUACCUGUGGAAGCUGAGUAUCAGAAACAAUUCUCAGAAUUGCUAAUGAAGGCAGCGAGUGAUUAUGGAGCCUUGACAGCUUCUGUUGCUGAUUUUCAGUGGAGCCAGAACUUUAAAGAACCACCGACAGUAUGGGGGGAAAUGCUACGUCCAAUUCCAGUUGCUUUGGCAUCAUGCACGCGAUUCUUUGAAGCUAUGACUGCAAUGAGAGAGUCAUUUGCCAAGCUUCAAGCACUGAGAGUCGGGCAUUCCUCUCAAAGAGUAAUGGGAGAAUCUGAUUGCGUAACACCUCCACCUUGGAGAACUGAAUCAAGCUUUGAUGAUUUAGCUGUUGGAACCCUGAGAAGGCAAAGCAGUGAGCGGCAAGAAGGAGAUGAUGUAAGCAGUGAAGUUGGGGACUCAAAUUAUGUUGAUGGCACGACCCACCGGAGAUUGUCAUGGCCUCCAUCAGUUAAAAAGAAUGGAGUGUAACUUGCAACUGUACAAUUUUGCUAACAAAUGGGCCGCUGAUGAUGAUGCUUUUUCCUUUCUUGCUGUAUUCAUUUUCUUGUACAGGGGAGAAAGGCACUUACCAGUUACAAGCAAAAAUCACAACCUCUUCUUAUGUUCAAUAUUCAGUUUGUUCUCCCCAA